AUGGACGGCAAGACUGAAGGGAAGGAGAGCAAGAGAGAAGAGGAGGAGGAGAGGAUCUCUCAGGAGAAGGGGAUGAAGGAGGAGAAGAAGGUUACAGAAGAUCUCCUUGCGUUUCAGCCCGCAGAGAAAUUCCUGGGGUCGAGGAAGGGGAUGGUGUUCAAGAUGGGAGAGUUCGGGCUGGGUUACUACAAGGAUGUACAGCAGAAGGAGGGAGAGGAGGAACAGGAUAUGACAAAAGACGAUGCCAAGGAAGGGAAGACCAGCGAGGGGAGGAAGGAGGAGGAGGUGGUGGAGGAGGAGGAGAGCGUGAAGGAGCAGACUGAUCAGCCCCGUGCGGGCCCUGGCGAGGGGAGGGCGAAGGAGACGGAGGGGAGGAGAGGGGGAGAGGAGGAGCGCAAGGAGAAAUCCGUCCCGAAGCUGGGCUUCACAAAUCACAUCAUGUUCGAUCUUGAUUGA